AUGAAGGCAUUUUUCGCUUCCCUCGUGCCAGUCUUGCCCCUGGCCACAGCCAUGGCUAUCAACGCCGAUUAUGGCCCUCAGAUGCUGAAGCGCGCCAACGGCAUUGUUGAAUACGCCAGAGCACCACUCCUCUCGACACCCUGUGAGACCGAGUUCCACCCUGACCAGAUGGAUAUCGCGUGGGUGGAGCUCAUCGCGGGAAAUGCGAUUUUGAGAGUCAACGUCACAAGCGGAGAGAAGAAGAAGUUCCCCCUCAAGAACCCCGUCGGCCUCCCCAGCGGCAUGGAGUUUAUGCCAGACGGCUAUCUCUGGUUCUCCGAGGUAGCUGGGAAUAGCAUGGUGCGAUUGGAUCCCAAGGACGGGAGCAUGACCGAGUACCCGUUUCCCUGGACCAAUAUCGCCGCCGUGGAUAAUCUCCCAGUUGGCAUUCGCGUCACGAUCGAUGUCUCAGGGAAUCGUGAUCGUGGGGCUUGGUUUACCGCUGCUGGUCUGAAUGCCAUUGGCCGCAUCGACAUCGACACGUUUGAGUUCAGCCUCUAUCCACUACCGAACCCGCUCUCGGUUCCGCUCAUCAUUCAGCCUGGUCCAGGUUCCACCAUGGUCUUCUCAGAGAUCGUUGGCAACCGAGUUGGCACAAUUGAUGUUCACACCAAGGAGAUCAAAGAAUAUGAAAUCCCUACACCUCUAUCUCUAGUCCAGGGCGUCGCUACAGAUGACGACGGUCUGAUAUGGUGGACGGGUACCCUUGGCGGGAACUUCGGAACCAUUGAUGUCAAGACAGGAAAGGUGACCGAGAUAUUCAUCAAUGACAUUCGUGCGGCGGGGAAUGCUACCGUUGUUGGUAAUCCUUUGAGCAUUGGGUCCUCUGCUGCACUGUCUUUGCCCGGGCCUGUCAGAGUCGGCACUGAUGGCAAGGUUUACUUUGUGGAGGGAAACCUGGUCUUUUUGGGCAAUCGUGUUGGUCAAUACGACCCCAAGACGAAGAAACUGGUUGAGUACCUGACUCCAACGAGCCUGAGCGGCCCGUGCGAUCUCAAUAACCAGCAUGGAGAUGCUAUUUUCUUUGCGGAAUUUACAGGCAACGGCUUGGGACGUCUUCAAUAUUAG